AUGGUCGGCCGCAUAGGGUUCGAUCUCUCCGAGGUCCCGGUCCGCGUGCCGCCGGACUCCCCGCUGGCGCCCCAGUGGUACAGGCUCGACGGCAAGCGUGGGGAGAAGCUCCACCGCGGCGAGAUCAUGCUGUCGGUGUGGCUCGGGACCCAGGCCGAUGAGGCGUUUCCGGAGGCUUGGCAUUCCGAUGCGCAUGGGGCGGCUGGUCCGUCGGCCGUCGCCUCCACGCGCGCCAAGGUAUACUUCUCGCCCAAGCUCGUGUACCUCCGCGUCGCCGCCAUCGGGGCGCAGGACCUCGUGCCCCACGACACGUCGCGCCCCCCCUUCGACGAGCCCUUGCUCGUCACCGUGGAGGACCGCGUCGGGCCGGGCCGCGACGAGCCGCUCGGGCGCAUUAUGCUGCCCCUCAACGCCGCAAUGCCGCGCCAUGACCACUUCGGCAAGCCCGUGGAGCCGCGCUGGUACAGCCUUGCGCGCCCCAGCGACGACGGCGAGAAGAAGGAGGGCAAGUUCGCGAGCAAGAUACAGCUUCGGAUGUCGCUGGACUUUGGGUACCAUGUUCUUGACGAGUCGACUUACUACAGCAGUGAUCUCCAGCCAUCAUCAAAGCACACCCGGAAGCCGAGCAUUGGGAUCCUUGAGGUGGGGGUUCUAGGUGCACGCAACUUGAUUCCCAUGAAGGCCAAGGAUGGUCGCAGCACCGACGCUUACUGUGUUGCCAAGUAUGGUCCGAAAUGGGUGCGCACAAGAACCAUCAUGAACACCCUGAAUCCCCAGUGGAAUGAGCAGUAUACCUGGGAGGUGUUUGAUCCUUGCACCGUGAUCACGGUGGUGGUGUUUGACAAUAGCCAGAUUGGGAGCAAGAAUGGUGAUGCCCGGGAUGAAAGCAUUGGCAAGGUCAGAAUCCGUCUCUCGACACUGGAGACUGACCGGGUGUACACCCAUUUCUAUCCUUUGCUGGCUCUUAAGCCAAGUGGCCUCAAGAAGACCGGUGAGCUGCAUUUGGCUGUGCGGUUUACAUGCACGGCAUGGGUUAACAUGAUGGCAAUGUAUGGCCGUCCGCUGCUGCCGAAGAUGCACUACUCACAACCAAUAUCAGUGAUGCAGUUGGACUACCUGAGGCACCAGGCGAUGCAGAUUGUUUCGGCAAGGCUUAGCCGUGCUGAGCCUCCUCUGCGCAGGGAGGUGGUUGAGUACACGCUUGAUGUGGGCUCGCACAUGUUCAGUCUCCGGCGCAGCAAGGCCAACUUCUAUCGCAUCACCUCUCUGUUCUGUGGUUUUGCCUCAAUGGCCAAGUGGUAUGAUGGCAUCAGGAGCUGGCGAAACCCGAUCACAACAAUGCUGGUGCACAUGUUGUUCCUGAUACUGAUCUGCUACCCGGAGCUCAUCCUGCCUACCAUCUUCCUCUACAUGUUUAUGAUCGGACUGUGGAACUAUCGCUUCCGGUCAAGGCACCCACCACACAUGGAUACUAAGCUAUCGCAGGCUGAGUUCACACACCCUGAUGAGCUUGAUGAGGAGUUUGACACAUUCCCAUCCAACAGGCCAGCUGACAUUGUAAGGUUGCGCUACGACAGGCUGAGGAGUGUUGGAGGCCGUGUGCAGACGGUGGUCGGGGACCUUGCGACGCAAGGUGAGAGAGCCCAUGCGCUGCUGAGCUGGAGGGACCCCCGUGCCACAGCCAUCUUCAUAUUCUUGUCCCUGGUGGUGGCCAUUGUGCUGUAUGUGACGCCGUUCCAGGUUUUGCUGGUCAUCACUAUGCUCUACUUGCUGCGCCAUCCCCGGUUCCGCAGCAGGAUGCCCUCUGUCCCGUUCAACUUCUACAGAAGAUUGCCCGCCAAGUCCGAUUCGCUUAUUUGA